AUGGCUGAGCAUUGCAAAGCGGAUCUGAUGCUGAAACCGUGCCAGGAGGCUGCGCACGUUCAGGGUGAGUACAGAUUUGGAGACGUCACGAAACAGAUCUUUCGAAACGAGAAACAGAGGAUCAAAGACCUGGUGGUGACGGAAUUUGUGAAGGAACAGGCAGGUUUCGGCAAGUUUGAGAAGCUGAAAGCUUAUUCCGAAGCGGUUCAGGAGUGGUGGGAUGAAGAUCAAGUGAUUCGAUAUGUGUUAUCAGCCAUACUGCUGAGCCAGCUAGCGCUUCUGAUUGUCAGCUACGGCACGAUAUUUCUGUGUUCCUGGCCCUUUCAUGGUGCGUCGCGGGCAAACUACCUUGGCUGGUUGCAGGCUGUAUCGAACUUCACAUCAGCCGCGGUGUUCGAAGCAUUGUUGAUCCUCCUGAUUCAUGUGCUUGCGCAUCAGUUGUUGCUCUACUCCGAGCUGGUCCACAGCUUUGCUCGCUCCCUGUCCGCAAACAUGGCUCGAGGAAAGAGCACCAUGAGGCGAGCAGCUGCGGACGCUGUCACUAACGUACAUGCAUGCACCGAUGGAUUUUCAAUUCGAGCAGCGCAGCAGUUCACGCUGCUGAUCUCGCAGGUAAACACCACCGAGGACUUGGGCCUCAUAGUUCGGAGUUACUUGGAGGGAGACCUCCCCAACCCGCCGGUCGAUGCAAUCGUAGGCUUCUACAAGCAAGCUGGAUCUCUUGCCCGUCGGAUGCCUUGCUUUGACAUGAGUGGCUUGAAGUGUCUGCAGCUUCUCUUUGCGGAACCUGACGCGAUCCCUGCGCUUCGCACUACGCCUCGCCAAACGACCGCAGCAGCCGUAGUGGAUCCAGCGCAUUGCAACCACUUCUUCAUCAACUGCAUCGGUGCAGAUGGAUCCGGACAACGGAUGGAUAAGCGUGGAGGGCUACUGGAUCAAAGAUGGCAAUCAAACACCAUGAACAUUGUUGCUGGAUCUCGACGGCUAGAGAAUGUGUUAGCGGGGCCGCAGAAGAUUGAGGUAAAUGCCGCUCACAAGGAUUUCGUGAUCACGAACUCCGUGCGAAGAAACCUGCAGAACAUUGCACGCAUGCUCAGUGGUGGGAGAUUUCCAAUACUCCUUGAAGGGCCAACAUCUGCAGGUAAGACUUCUCUUGUAAAGUUUCUGGCGCACCUGACCGGCCAUGAGUUCGUACGAAUCAACAACCACGAGCACACUGAUCUCCAGGAGUAUGUGGGCCAGUAUGUUUGUGACCCAGAGACCGGACAGCUUGUGUUCCAAGAAGGCGUGCUUGUCAGAGCAGCUCGGGCAGGUCACUGGGUUGUCCUGGACGAGCUAAAUCUGGCGCCCAGUGAGGUCCUGGAAGCUCUAAACCGCCUCCUGGAUGACAAUCGCGAGCUUUACAUCCCUGACACGGGCAGCACAGUCAAGCCUCAUGAGGAGUUCAUGGUCUUUGCAACGCAGAAUCCGGCAGGGGCAAACUAUGGGGGCCGGAAGCUUCUGUCGAGAGCCUUUCGAAACCGAUUUACAGAAGUCUUUGUAAGCGAGCUUCCUAUGGAGGAGUUGGCCGUCGUCCUACACAAGCGCUGCCAGGUGCCACCCUCAUAUGUCAAGGUGAUGCUUGCCGUGUACCAGGACCUGCAAUCACAUCGGAACCAGUCUGCAGUCUUCCUCGGAAAGCAGAGCUUCAUGACUGUGCGUGAUUUGCUGCGCUGGGGCCACAGAAAGCCAAAUUCAUAUCUGGAGCUUGCAACAGAAGGCUUCACGCUGUUGGCAGAGAGGCUUCGGAAGGAAGACGAGCGCGAGGUAGUCCGAAAGUCCUUGGAAAAGAGAUGCACUGGUGUGAAAGAUUUGCAGCUCGACUAUACCAAGGACGAAGUUGUGUGUGCAGCGCGGGAGAGAGUGGCCCAAAAGCUCAAAUCAGGGCCUGCGCCUGGCGGCGUUGGCCAGGUUGUCUGGACCCCCGCAUUCUGCCGCAUGGUUGCGCUGAUCGGCCGCUGCAUACGCUCAGGCGAGCCUGCCCUUCUUGUGGGGGAGACGGGGGGCGGUAAAACCAUGGCUUGCCAGUUGCUGUCAUGGGCCUUGGUGGAAGAAGACAAGGCAGAUCGUCGGCUUCGGACCUUGAACUGUCAUCAGCAGACAGAGACGUCGGAUUUCAUUGGUUCUCUUCGUCCUGUCCGUGGCCGAGAUGCCACCUUUAAGUCGAUCUGCACGGCGGCUGGCAAAAUGCAGGCAUUGCUGUCCAAGGCUGCUCAAUCUGGAGGUCUCUCUCAGGAGCAUGCUGAGUCUGCACUUCUAGCAAAGCUGCGGGGAGAGGUGCAGCUCGCGGCAGCAGGCAAGGGGAAUCCGAAGAACCUUGGUCAAGCUCUCCGAGGUGCGAUUGCGGCAAACAUUCUCUCAGCUUCAAUGCCAGGCGAAGCUGAGGCAAAGCGGCGUCGGACGGAUGCUGGGAAGGCACAGGGUGCUGAAGUGGCGUUGCUGCCGUUAGCUCUGCAUCUGGUUUCCCUGUGCGGCGAUUAUGACCGAAUUUUUGAGUGGGCAGAUGGGGCGCUGGUGGAAGCCAUGCGUACUGGAGGGGCUUUCCUCGUUGAUGAAAUCUCUCUUGCAGAAGACUCUGUGCUUGAACGUCUGAACUCUGUUUUGGAGCCCGAGCACUCGCUUCUCCUCGCAGAGAAGCCAUUGACUGGUGCAGAUUUGGAGGUGGUACAUGCGCUGCCCACGUUCAGACUCUUUGCAACAAUGAAUCCGGGCGGUGACUUUGGGAAGCGAGAGCUGUCUCCAGCCCUGCGAAACAGAUUCACUGAAAUCUGGGUUGAGCCGAUAGACUUCUCAACUAAAGAAGCUGAAGAUUUGGUUGCCACACAGCUGUCUUGGCCACGACUGGCGCGACCUAUGCUUGACUGCGUCAGCUGGUUCAACCAGCGUGUACUGCAUCCUUUGAGCAUUCGCGAGGUGCUGGCUUGGGCGUCUUUCGUUCGAAGCACAGCGCCUGCGGCACCUGCGCAAUCAACGCAGGCGGGUUUGCAGCGAGCAGUUGAGAUGUACCUCCACGGUGGCUGCAUGACGCUGGUCGACAGCCUUGGUUUGGGCAAUCAGCUUGUAGACACAGAGUGUGUGGCUCUGUACCAGAAGCAUGCCCAAGAGAUAAACAACGAGAACUGUGGCGGGUUGUCCAUGGCGCAGCAGGCGAUCCUUUGGCAGCUCUUGCGCCAGUUAGACAGGUCUGAUCUCUUUCAAGCUCCUCGGCGAAGCAGGAUUUGA